AUGAAUAUUUUCAGGACUCCGUUAGAGGUUGUCGCGCUACUCAACCUCGAACUUGAAAACUAUAGUAAGAAAUUGGUGCAGAAACCUGCGCUUUUGGUUUUGAAUAAAACUGACAUCGUUUCUGAUGAAAAGGAACCUUUGCGCUUGGCUGAAAUGUUUCGCAAACUCGAUUGGCCCCUCCAGCUGCCAGAAGAGAUGCGUCCUCGCAAUCCUCUUCAGUUCGACUAUGUCAUCCCCGCUUCUGCCAAACUAGGAGACAUUGGAGAUUUGAAGCGAGCUCUUUUGCGAACAUACAGAAAUGUUCGCCCCAGUAUUGUGCCUAUGGAUGUAUUAGAAGAUGAUGAGAAGAGUUUGUUAUAG